GUGGGGCCUAAGUUAGCGCCGUUCGGCAGGGGUCCCCGGGGCGCUGCCCAGUCUGACUCCGGCGCCGCCAGUUGCGGACGCGUCCCGCUGCAGUUGCUGCCGCGUGCCUCUGCUCCUCCGCUUGACCCGGGCCGUCUGCCCGCAGCCAUGAGCGUGCUCGGCCCCGGUGGAGCCUGCUGUCCUCUAGAUUAGUCCCCGCCGCCGUCCCGGACCCGUUUGCAGCAUGGAGUCGCCCGCCUCGAGCCAACCCGCCAGCAUGCCCCAGUCCAAAGGCAGGUGGAUGCAGAGGCCAGGCCUUGCGCUCCCCAGGCCUGCGACGAGGGUGGUCCCCACCCAUCCAGCCCAUAUGUGGAAGUGCCUUUGACAGGAAAAUCCAAGAGGAAGAAGGAUCUGAGGAUAUCCUGCAUGUCCAAGCCGCCCGCACCCAACCCCACACCCCCCCGGAACCUGGACUCCCGGACCUUCAUCACCAUUGGAGACAGAAACUUUGAGGUGGAGGCCGAUGACUUGGUGACCAUCUCAGAACUGGGGCGUGGAGCCUAUGGGGUGGUGGAGAAGGUGCGGCAUGCCCAGAGUGGCACCAUCAUGGCCGUGAAGCGGAUCCGGGCCACCGUGAACUCACAGGAGCAGAAGCGGCUGCUCAUGGACCUGGACAUCAACAUGCGCACGGUCGAUUGCUUCUACACUGUCACCUUCUAUGGCGCACUAUUCCGAGAGGGAGAUGUGUGGAUCUGCAUGGAGCUCAUGGACACAUCCCUGGACAAGUUCUACCGGAAGGUGCUGGAGAAAGGCAUGACAAUUCCAGAGGACAUCCUCGGGGAGAUUGCUGUGUCUAUCGUGCGGGCCCUGGAGCAUCUGCACAGCAAGCUGUCGGUGAUCCACAGAGAUGUGAAGCCCUCCAAUGUGCUUAUCAACAAGGAGGGCCACGUGAAGAUGUGUGACUUUGGCAUCAGUGGCUACUUGGUGGACUCUGUGGCUAAGACGAUGGAUGCCGGCUGCAAGCCCUACAUGGCCCCUGAGAGGAUCAACCCGGAGCUGAACCAGAAGGGCUACAAUGUCAAGUCUGAUGUCUGGAGCCUGGGCAUCACCAUGAUUGAGAUGGCCAUCCUACGAUUCCCUUACGAGUCCUGGGGGACCCCGUUUCAGCAGCUGAAGCAGGUGGUGGAGGAGCCGUCCCCCCAGCUCCCAGCUGACCGUUUCUCCCCCGAGUUUGUGGACUUCACUGCGCAGUGCUUGAGGAAGAACCCCGCAGAGCGGAUGAGCUACCUGGAGCUGAUGGCGCACCCCUUCUUCACUUUGCACAAAACCAAGAAGACGGACAUUGCUGCCUUCGUGAAGGAGAUCUUGGGAGAAGACUCAUAGGGCCUGGGCCUUGGACCCCACUCCGGCCCUCCCGAGCCCCACAGGCCCAUCUGCAGGGGCAGUGCUCACCCGCACCAUAAGCUACUGCCGUCCCGGCCCAGGGCAUCCAGGAGGAACCGAGGGGGCUGCUCCCACUUGGCUCUGCAGCCAGCCAUUUGUCCCAAGUGCCAAAGAAGCAGACCGCUGGGACCGCCAGCCAGGCCCUUAGUGGCCCCGAAGUGCCUCUCUCUCCCUGCUGCUCUGAGGACCGUCUUCAGUUGCUGAGACCCUGGACUGCCGGGGCCUGGACGCCCCUUUAGAUGCUGCUGCCCCUUGCACAGCAGGUGCCUUGCCCAGCCUGGAUGCCACCCAAGUUGUAUAUUUUUUUACUCUCUUGACUGAAUGGACUUUACACACUUUGGCCCAGGGUGGUCACACCUCUAUCCCGACUUUGGUGCGGGGUCCACAAGUGGGGAUGAGCUAUGUGAAUCCCCCAAGAAUCCCAUGGGGGAGAUGCCAUGAGCCGCCCGAGGCCUUCCCCUGGCACGGGCGAACAGGGCCUCUUUGGGGCACACUGGGUCACCCAGUCCUGCCCGCCACCUUUAUUGGUGUCAUUUCACCUUUGUUUUGUUUUGUUUUGUUUUGUUUUUUUAAUUUAUCCUCUGUUGAUUUUUUUCUUUUGCUUUCUGGGUUUGGCUUGUUUUUCUUGCAUGGUUUGGAGCUGAUCACUUCUCCCCCAUCCCGUAAGGCACCAGCAGGCAGAGCCUCACCCUCUGCUCCCGCUGGGGUCUAGUGGGAGGGGCCCAAGUCUCUGCUCCGAGAAGUGCAGGGGGAGCCUUCUGGCUCGGCUCCACAGGGGCUAUGGAUUUGCUUUGGUGGUGUUUUAAAAAAAGAAAAUAUAUUUUUUUGAAAAAAUGACUGCCCAUCCCGGGUCCUUUCCUGAUGGGUUGGGGCAGGUACCUGGUUGCUGUUUUAAUUAAAAAAAGAAAAGGACUAAA